AUGUACAAAUCCACCCUUCUUGCCCUUGAAGAUUGCUUGUUUUUGGCUCAACAAAACAUAGACUCCUUUUCAAACACACUAGAAACUCUGAAGUCUAGUGAUGAUGCCCUUCAAAGCUACCAAGUUGAUGAUUUACAAACCUUGCUUAGUGCUACUUUGACCAACCAAGAAACUUGCUUAGAUGGGCUGAUGUUAGCAUCAGACUCAAGCAUCAAGAAUGCCCUAUUAGUCCCUAUCUCGAACGGAACCAUGCAUUAUAGUGUUGGUCUUGCACUUUUUACACAUGGUUGGCCUCUUGCCACAAAGAGAGGUGAGCCAAUUCGUUGUUGUGGACCAAAUGGAGGAGGGAAUUUUACAAACAUUAACGAUGCUGUAGCUGCUGCACCAACUAAUACCGUUGCAAGCAAGGGAUAUUUUUUGAUUUAUGUGGUCGCCGGGGUCUACAAUGAGUAUGUUUCCAUAGCUAGCAACAAGAAAUACUUGAUGAUGAUCGGAGAAGGUAUUAACCAGACGGUGAUAACUGGCAACCGGAGCGUCGAUGAUGGGUGGACUACAUUCAAUUCAGCAACAUUCAGUAAGCCAAAUCUGAUAUUGAUAAUGUGA